CACCGUCGUGUGACCGUGGAACGGGUGACAGAUUCGAUUGUAUUUUGGGGCCGAGGAGGAGUGUUUUUGAGUGAAAAAGAAGCACCAAGAGGACAAAUUUAAUGGUGAAAUUGUGCAUAGAAAAACAGUGAAAUGUCGGUGCGAACGAAAUUUCUGAAAAUCUUCGAUGUACUGAUGAGAGUCCCUCCGCUAUUUGUAAUUGACGAAAUACUCAAAAUGCAAAUGGGACUUUCGAGUAGUGCAAUCCAGCAAACAGUGGUGGAAAAUCUCACAAUAGUGACAAAUGCUGAGAAUUUCACCCAGGAAAAUGCCACACACGAUGCCCUAAGUGGCAUGGAUGAGGACAUUGAAUUCUACAAAGUCAUCUCCAUCACCACAAUUAAGUUCUUCAUGUGUUUGCUCGGAUGUUUAAUGGCAUCAUGUGUCUUUAUGCUGUGGACUCGACAUUUGGUCAUUGUCUACAAGUACAUCCUGUCGGUGGGAUUGAUUUUCUUAUCGUACUGGAGCAAUGUUUCGGCCCUCAAUCUCAUACGAGAGGGUCCGAGUCUCCUGGAGGACAUUCUGUCACUCAAUGUGGUGAGAUUGUUGGAUCCAGGAGGCAUGGCCAUUGCCAUACUCCCUCAUUGGCUGGCACAGUGGAUGAUGGGGGCGAUUUUUGCGUAUAUUCAUUCGGGACCAAGGUAUGAGAUUAUUCAGAAGGUAUUGCCCUUCAGUUUCCUCAUGCCACUUUCCCUGACUAUGCUGCCAUCAAUUCCACCGGCAUUCAUCAAACAUUCCCCAGCAUUUGCCGCAAUUCUCCCGUUGGUUCUCUCAAAGAUUGCCCUUUGGAGUUCGUCUUUUGACGUGAUUAAGACCCUCUUCAAUGGCUACCAGCAUGCCAAGAAUUUUGCUACAAGUUUUGGUCUGUCAGCUCUGGUGGAGAAUGAGUGGCAGAGGCUCAAUGUUCCGUGUGUUUUGAGGGCUUUCUGGAUCAUAAGAUUGGUGGAGGAACUUGUGACGUUGGCUAUGACAACAGAAGCUCCUCUGGCUUUCAUGGCAACUGUCCAGAAUUUGCUAGUGAGCGGCUGUGAGACGGUUACAGCUGUUCUUGGCAUGACUAGCAUUGUCUCCCUCAUUUGCCACUACGUGGGAAAGUUGUUUCAACUGUUCCUCCUGUCUGAGGACUAUGACGAGGACAAGUCCAUUGGGACAGUAUCUGCUAUACUCUUCUACAUCUUGGCCCUGCAGACGGGUCUGACAUCUCUGUCGCCGGACAAGAGAUUUAUCCGGCUAUGUCGGAAUUUGUGCCUUCUCGUUACGGCCCUUCUUCACUUCCUCCACAAUAUUGUGGCUCCGCUGUUGAUGUCACUCAGUGCUGCCAGGAAUCCGUCGCGCAAGAGGCAUGCCAGGGCACUCAUUGUCUGUCUAUUCCUCCUUGUGGCGCCAGUUUUUCUCCUAAGCAUUCUCUGGUCUCGACAUUCACCAUCCACGUGGCUCUUGGCUGUGACCGCAUUUUCCGUGGAAGUGAUUGUUAAGGUACUCGUGAGUCUAGCCACUUAUACACUCUUCUUGCUGGAUGCCAGACGGCAGACUUUCUGGGAAAAACUCGAUGACUACGUGUACUACAUCAGAGCCUUUGGGAAUUCCGUGGAGUUUUGCUUUGGCAUAUUUCUCUUCUUCAACGGCGCCUGGAUUUUACUAUUUGAGUCUGGUGGUGCAAUUAGAGCACUGAUGAUGUGCAUUCAUGCGUAUUUCAAUAUUUGGUGCGAAGCGAGAGCGGGUUGGGCAGUUUUCAUGAAGAGACGAACGGCUGUUCACAAGAUUUCCUCUCUUCCGGAGGCUACGACUGAACAAUUGGUCGCCUUUGAAGAUGUCUGUGCCAUUUGCUAUCAGGAAAUGACUUCGGCCAAGAUAACGCGAUGCAAACACUAUUUCCAUGGGGUUUGCUUGCGGAAGUGGCUGUAUGUGCAGGACAGGUGUCCUCUCUGCCAUGAAAUCAUCAUGAAUCAGGAUCCGAAGCAGGGUGAGAAGUGCCCUGAAGAAAUUCAGCCAGAGGAGAGGCCAGCAAAUGCUGAUCAAAGUGCAUCAUCGAGUUCAGCAAAUACAAGUUCAAAUGCAACAGAUGAAGCAUCAAGUGAGCGUACCUUAAAUCCAUCACCCGUAGAAUAGGUUAAAUAAAAAAAAUAAAUAAAAGAGACAUUAGAGAAUAGGGACAAGAAGAUAAAAAGAGAAAAGGGUGAGAAAAGAUGGAGAAAUUAGGAAAAAAAUUAAGUGUAAAACAAUUUACAAUCGUCAUAAGAAUUUAGUAGAUAUUUAUUCACAUUCUUCAGGUUUAAGAUGGGGGAAAAACACUGCAAAGCGACUUACAUUUUUUUUAUUAGGUUUUAUUUUCUGUUGUGAAGCAACACAAGUCUCUUUUAAGAAAAAAAAAAAAAACAAUAUUUGCACUCGAAUAGUGCAAAAGAUGUUUGAGCAAAAAACAAGCUGAAGAGAGUGAAAGAUAAAUAA